GAGAGAGAGAGAGGGAGGGAGAGGGUCAGCUGAUUGAGGUAAACACGAGGGCCUCUCACGCUCACCUCUCACCUGCUCCUGCCUCUGCCUUGCCUCUCCCAGCCGUCACCCUCACUGCAGCCGUCUCCUCCACUGCUGCCGCUGAUUACCUACUAGCAGGAUAAGCCGCGCCAUUACCUCCAACAUGAGCAGCAGAAGAGUGUUCGUGGUGGGCGUGGGAAUGACCAAGUUUGAGAAGCCCGGGAGACGCCAGGACUUCUCGUACCCAGCCAUGGUGAAGGAAGCAGUUGGGAAGGCCCUCAAGGAUGCCAAGGUGCCAUACAACAAAGUGGAACAAGCAACAGUGGGUUACGUGUACGGAGACUCCACCUGUGGCCAGCGUGCUCUCUAUGAGGUGGGCAUGACAGGCAUCCCCAUCUACAAUGUGAACAACAACUGCUCCACUGGCUCCACGGCACUGUACAUGGCUCGGAACCUCAUCCAGGGAGGGCUGGCCAAGUGUGUGCUGGCCCUGGGCUUUGAGAAGAUGGAACGAGGCUCCCUCACUUCCAAGUACAAUGACCGGGAAAAUCCCAUAGAGAAGCACGUGAUGGCCCUGAGUGAGGUGGCGGAGCUGGAGGCAGCCCCGAUGGCUCCACAGCUGUUUGGCAAUGCUGGUGUGGAGCACAUGAAGAAGUAUGGCACCACCCCACUCCACCUGGCCAAGAUUGCCCACAAGAACCACCGACACUCCACCAACAACCCGUAUUCACAGUUCCAGGAGGAAUACAGCUUGGACCAGAUCAUCAACUCCCCUAAAGUGGCAGGCCCUCUGACCAAGCUGCAGUGCUGCCCCACCUCUGAUGGUGCAGGGGCAGCAGUGCUGGCCAGCGAGGACUUUGUUAUCGCUCACGGCCUGCAAGACCAGGCGGUGGAGAUCGUGGCCAUGGAGAUGACCACUGACUUUGAUUCCACCUUCAGUGAUCAAAGUGCAAUGAAGAUUGUUGGAUAUGACAUGACUAAGGCAGCAGCCAAUCGAGUCUUCACAACAGCUGGACUGGCUCCCAGGGAUGUGGAUGUGGUGGAGCUGCAUGAUUGCUUCUCUGCCAAUGAACUCAUCACCUACGAGGCUCUUGGACUGUGUGGGGAGGGAGAGGCCGGCCAUUUCAUUGACUCUGGGAACAACACAUAUGGAGGGAAGCAUGUAGUGAACCCCUCAGGAGGACUCAUCUCCAAGGGCCAUCCCCUCGGAGCCACAGGUCUUGCUCAGUGUAGCGAGUUGUGUUGGCAGUUGCGUGGGGAAGCAGGCAAACGACAGGUUCCUGGAGCAAAGAUUGCCCUGCAGCACAACUUAGGCUUGGGUGGAGCAGCUGUGGUCACUCUGUACAGGAUGGGCUUCAGAGGCAAUGAUAGGAGAAUUGUAGCAGCAGCCACAUCAUCGGAAGACUUCAAGAGUGCUGCAAUCUUCUCGGCAAUUGAGAAAGCCCUGAAGGAAGAUGGACCGGCCCUUGUUGGGAAGGUGAAAGGUGUGUACUGCUUUCAAGUGAAAGGUGGACCUGGGGACCGUGAGGGCAAGUGGAUUGUGGAUGCCAAGAAUGGUUCAGGAUCAGUGACCUAUAAUGGCACAGGGAAGCCCGACGUGACAAUCACCAUGAGUGAUGGAGAUUUGGUGGACCUAAUGGAGGGCAAGCUGAAUGCUCAGAAGGCUUUCUUCCAAGGCAAACUGAAGAUCAAAGGCAACAUGGGUCUGGCCAUGAAGCUCCAAGAGUUCCAGAAGCAGGCAGGGCAGCUUCGAUCAAAGCUGUAACCCAUCAAUAGAUUAACCUCCCAGUGGUGGGUUCAGGGGUGUUGGCCUACUUGUCAGGGCAACACCCAUUCUCUGAGCAUUUUUUAAUAAUCUUUAUCGUAAAAUUGGCUUUGGAUUGCUAAGAUGAACAUUUCAUGACUUGUGAGAUAAGAGAAUUGAAGAGUUUACCUCCAGUGUUUUUUAAGAAAAGAUUCAUUUUGUGGAUGAGGAUAUGUACAGUAAUACCUUGAGAUACGAGCCAUGAUUUGGUCCAUUUUUUGUUUUGAGAUAUAAAGAUAUAAGCAGAAUUUUGAGAUACAAGUCAUGCUUGAGGGUGCUGCCGCUAGUUGGCACAUCGGUCCAGCUUCAGCUGAGCUAGUAUUCACGUGUCUCCCACAGAUCUCGUGCAUUGUGAUUGUUCUUUCAUUUUCACAUUACGUGCUUACUUUUUUGUGUUUAAAGAAAGUGCAGUUGUAAUUUACAUUUGAUGUUUACGUGUGAAUGUAUACGUAACUGAAGAGAUGAGACAAAUUUCCCCCAUCUCUGUCUACCUCCUCCACCCAUGCUUACCAUGGAGGAGGAAAAUAUGUAAACAAGCCUUUGCUGCAGCAACAGCAGUGCAUCCUCAAUUCUCUCUCUCUCUCUCUCUCUCUCUCUCUCUCUCUCUCUCUCUCUCUCUCUCUCUCUCUCUCUCUCUCUCUCUCUCUCUCUCUCUCUCUCUCUCUCUCUCUCUCUCUGUGGAUGGUUAUAUUUGUACACUCCAGCUGAUCAACAGUCCUAACUGAGGGUGGUGGGCAAAAUGUGUUGGGGUAACAUACCAUGAAAUGCAUCCCUCUGAGAUAAAUAUACUUUAUAAAGGCAGUUUAUUUAUUUAUAUUCUCUUGUGUCAUGUAUUAUUAUGUUUUUAUGUAAUAUUUCUUAUUUAUAAAUGCCUUUUUCUUACUUAGACAUUAAAAAAAGAAAAAUUGGGGUGCUUUUUUUGGGGAGGCUGGAACAGAUUAAUGGCAUUUCAAGGCAAUUCAGUGGGGAAAAUUGUUUUGAGACAUGAGCAAUUUGAGAUAAAAGCUUCACCACAGAACAAAUCAAACUCCUAUCUUGGCGUACCACUGUAGUAGUAGACUACUCACUCCCAUCAGUCCUUCACAAGGUGGAGUUUCACUGUGUGUCACUCAAACAGCCAAGUGUGUGGCAGGGUAACAAAAGGGGAAGAGCUCAGGAUAUGGUAUACCUCUGCGUCUCAUAAUUAAUGUGCAUGUAGUUGUUUUACUCUUGCAGUAAAUACUUGAAAAGUAAAUACUUGAGUAACACUCAACUAUAAAUUCUAGGUCCAUCCCUGGUUCCUUCCUUCCUUAUUCUUCUGCAUCACCAUGGUGUAGUUAUUUUCACGUUAUCCUUUACCUUAGUAACAUUUGUAUUUCUGUUACACAUCACCCAAGAUAAGGGAAUUUAAAUAUUUCUCCUGUCUUUAGUAUACCUAACUGAGAUUCUUUUUAAAGAAAAGCAACUCUUUUCUCUUAUUUCAUUAGAGGUAUCUGAAAGGGACAAGGUUUUAAUGUGAUAACUUGAGGCAGGCUGAGAAAGAAUUCACAUGGGGCAGGGUACCUCAAUAUCAGGAGAGCGAAGGUAGUCAGUACUAUAAAGUGAUAUGGUGCAUGAAUUGAAAAGUACAUAAAGUGGAUAGUAAGGAUUAGGGAUCGACCGAUUAUCAGCCCCGAUAAUAAGCAUUUUGACGCAUAUCAGCAUCAGUCUUUUUUUUAUUCGACGGCCGAUAAGAAAUCAAUUUAAAACUUAUUUUGUCUCUGAUGCUGCCGUGCCUCUUUGUCUGCUGUCACUACUCUGUCUCCAGCAUUAUCCCACCCACAGCACCAUCUGAUUGGUUACAAGCAGACCCACGGUAACAGCCAAUCAGCAGUGAAAGCUGUGCAUGCACAGUGCUUACACACACGGUGGAGAAGAAGGAACAUAGAAGGAAGAAGUUGUUGUGUCGGUUAAAGUAAUGGAUGGAUCUAGGGAUGGUUACUUGGGCUUAAGCCCCGAAUGUUUUUCCAAGAGCUCCGGAUCUGAUCUGGGAUCUGAAGAAAAGAGUAGUCUGAGUGUAAUGUGCACUGUCUGUCUGAUAGAUUCGUCACCCUCCCUGGGGUGGGUGACGCGGACCUUUGCUACCUUAUAUAAUGUGCACUGCACAUUACACUGAAUUCUGAAGUCUUCUCUGAGUCUUUUGUCCACUUUGAAUUGGUAAGUUGAAGUGAAAAAAAUUGUAGUUUCGAUGUGCGUGGCGCGAAAAAAAAAAAAAUCUCUUUGCACCCUUUGGGCUAAGCCCCAGAUCGCCUUGAAUCCUAGAUCCACCCCUGGUUAAAGUUUGAAGGACAACGGCGGUGUUGCCAACUGCUUGUAGCGAGCAAUUUCAUAGAAACAUUUUCAGGAAUAACUUAUGAAGAUUUCUCCCAUAACCCCCCCAACCUCCUAUUCUUUCCCUCUAUUCUCUCAUGUUAAUAAACUUAUAAGGCAAAUAAAACAUAUAUAUAUAUAUAUAUAUAUAUAUAUAUAUAUAUAUAUAUAUAUAUAUAUAUAUAUAUAUAUAUACUGCAAAUGAAUAUCGGCUCCAAAUAUCGGUUAUUGACCUCCUUGACUACUAAUAAUCGGUAUCAAUAUCGGCCCUGAAAAAUUCAUAUCAGUCGAUUUCUAGUAAGGAUGAUAACAUUAUCACGAGAAAUCAUAUGAAUUUGAGACUGGGAAAAUAAGCUCAAGGGAUUUGUGAUUUUUGAGUCUGAAAAUGUUUGAAUGAAAAUUGUGAAUAAGAGAAUGUAGAAUGGGAAUGCAGUCUUAGAGGAGAACCUUCCCAUCACAGCCACUCAUUUAAAGGGAACAAGUCAUGAGUGUCAAGAUGAUACAUUCAUUAAAGUUUGUGAUGCUGCUGAGCACAAAAAGUGCAAUUGAGAUGCUAGGUUUCACAUUUUGUUGUAUAUGUAAGGUGAGAGACUCAGGGAUGCAAUGCUUUAUCUAAAUUGCCUUUUAUUAUUUAUUUAUUUUUUUUUUUUAUCACCCACAGAAGGAAUGAAGUAGGUCAUCUUAAGAAAUUAAACAGAAACAGCUUUUUAAAUUUUCUAAUAUGCACAGUGGAGUUUUUAAUAGAAUGUUGUUUUAGAAUGCUUCACUCUAAAACAUUUAGUUGUGAGAUGAAAUUGAAUGAAUGGAGAGUAUUAUGAGAAUUUACUGUCCAGUCUUGUAUUUUAAAGUUUAGCAAGGAAGAGGAUAGCUUGUGUAUAGUUUUAGCACAACUACUUGCAGUACUCUACCUUGUGCACUAAUAAUUGGUGGAAUUGUCAAAUUUUUAGCUUUUUAGGUACUUUCGGUCAUGGAUUAACCAUUGAUGCAAUAUACCUUUUAUGUUGACACUUUAUUUAUUUAUUUUUUUUUUUUUUAUUUAUUUUUAUUUAUUUAUUUAUUUUUUUUUUUUCUAUUUAUUUUUAAGUUCCCUGGCCUUAUUCUACUAAACAGUGAAGGAUUUAUUUGAAGCAUUGAAAGACUAUGUUUCUGAGUCUUUUUAGUUUCCUUGCUGUUGGCAGAUAGGUGCUUAUGAUGUACUAUGCUAUGUGUCUUUUCUCAGCUUCAUCAAGGUGAAGUGUCCAGCAAUGCCAACAAUGCAAAUAUGAAUAGUGUGUAUGUAUUGUAGACAAUGACUGUAGGUUAUUUCAGCAUACAAAGUCAUAACCUGCGUCACUUGUUUCAGAAUGUUUAUAUACAUAUAAUUCAAGAAAUUUUUUAUUUGUAGAUGGAAUAAUUAAGCACAUCAUUUAACAUAGUUAUUACUAUUUUUCAUAUGUAAAUAAAUGUUAUUAUAAAUGUA